GUAGUGACGUCAUCGUGCUAAAAUGGCGGUACUGAGAACUACUUUGAAUUCUUUUCUGUCCACUGGAGAUUCAAAAUAAACUGAACGAAAAUGGUACAGGAAUAACUCGAGAGCCUUCACUGACGGAUACAUUAACUGCAGUGCCUUAUUUCAAACAUGGAUUCUGUAGUAGGGGAAGACCAGACUCUUCCUUUUGAUAUCAAUGGGAGCACAUUCACCAGGCUCCCUGACGGGUUAGCAGAGUUCAGCAUGGAUGGUAUGUCAGCUCCCACUUUCCCUCCGGGGAAGAUUUCCCCAUCCAAAGCACUCACCAUGAAGGACUAUGAGAAUCAAAUCACAGCGCUGAAGAAGGAGAACUUCAACCUGAAACUCAGGAUCUACUUUCUGGAGGAGCGAAUGCAGCAGAAAUGCGAUGACUCCACUGAGGACAUCUACAAAACGAACAUUGAGUUGAAGGUGGAGGUGGAAUCCUUAAAGAGAGAUCUCAGCGAGAAACAAGAACUCCUGGUUUCUGCAUCAAAAGCGCUUGAAAGUUUAGCCAACAGAGAUGUCACAGAUUCAGCGAAGAUUAGAGAGCGCGCCCAAAGAGAAAUGGACUCUCUCCGAGACAUGCUCAACCAGAGAAUUCAGGAGCUGGAGGAGAGUCUUCAGGAGGCCCAAGGGGAGAUGGAAAGAAUGGCGGCCAUUGCUGAGCAACAUAAACGCAACAAUAUGGACCUGCAGAAGCAGCUGCAGAAUCACAGCCAAUCACAGCCUUCCGUCAGGCCUGACCCCACCAAUCACCUGCAAGCCCUGCAAGAGAAGGACCGGUUGAUCGGGGAGCUGCAAGCAUCAGCGAAGAAACAGGACGAUCUGAUUGGUCAGCUCCAGCAGGGCAGUGCGGAGCAGCCAGCCGCAGCACAGAUCGCUCAACUCGACACUCUCAUUGGCCAAAAAGAUGGAGAGCUACAAGCACUGAAAGAUGAGUUAAAUGUUGAGAAAAUGAAGGCGGAAAGAGAGAUCAAGGUGUGUGAACAGAAGCUGUCAGAAGUGGCGCGGUUAGAAGCAGCUGCCAAGCAGCUUACCCAAGAGCUGAGCUCCAUCAAGACCAAAAAUCAGUCCUUAGAAAGUGACAACCAGGAGUUGACCGGGAAGCUGGAGGAGAAAGAGGGGGAGCUAGAUAAAGAGAAGAAAAAUGGUGUGAAGCGAGACAAAACAAUCCAAGGCCUGAGCCUCGUGCUCAAGGAGAAGGAGAAAGAGAUAGAGGACUUGUAUCAUGAUCUUGAGGACAGAGACCAGGCUCUGGCUAAAGCAAGGGAUGCCCUGCACAAAGCCCAGCUUCAAAAGUACCAGGGUGCGGAGGAGCAGCAGAAGCUGCUGCUGGAGCGUCAGAUGGAGGUGGCGCGGCUGCAGGGUGACCUGCACGCGUGUCUGUCUGAGUGCAAGCGGCUGGAGCGCAUCGUGAGUGGCCGCGACACCGAGGUGCAGCGCCUCAUCCACGAGCGCCAGACGCUCCAGGACGAGCUGGACGCUCUGCUGCAGACCAAACAGAGGCAGGACAAGACCAUCAACGACCUGCAGAACCAGCUGAAGAAGCUGAGCAGCGAGCUGGGAGCGAAGCAGAGCGAGCGGGAGAAAGAGCACAGCGAGGAGCUGGAGGAGAGCAAGAGGAGGGAGCACACGCACGAGAGCACCAUCCAGCGCCUCACACACACGCUCACACACAAGGAGCAGCAGCUGCAGGAGUACAUGAACAUGUUGAGAGACGUGGAGCAGGGCACGAGUCCAGCUGGAAGUGAGGUCAUGGUGAGCAAGUUGCGAGAGCGGCUGAAGGAGAAGGAGAAGGCCCUGGAGGCAGCGCUGGAUGAGAAGUUCUCUGCCGUGGAGGAGAAGGAGAAUGAGGUGCACCAGCUGCAGCUCUCUCUGCGAGAGAAGGAAAGAGAUCUGGAGAGACUCAACAACCUGCUCACACACAACCAGGAGACUAUCAGCGGGCUGGAUGCUCUGGUGAAGGAGAGAGACGUGGAUCUGCAGCAGCAGGUCAACUCCCUGAAGAACCUGCAGCGGAGCAAGCAGAGCACCGAGGACAGCCUGAACCGAGCACUCCGCGAGAAGGACAGCCUCAUCCAGCAGCUCCAGCACGCGCUGGAGAGCAAGACCAAAGACCUCGAGGAACUGUCAGCCUCCUUGCUGAGUAAGCCCCAACAGCAGCAGAGUGAUGUGACAGAGCGGCUGACCCAGAGGUUGAAGGUCGCCGAAGCGGAGCUAGCCGCAGCUCUGAAGGAGAGAGAGAGACUCCUGAAUGAACAUCAGAGCACCGUCGAUACACUCCUCUCCACCAUCAGCAGCAAGGAGCAGCUACUGCAGGACUCAUCGGAGCGUCACAGCCGUGGCCUGCGGGAGCGUGACGCUGAGCUCCAAGAGCUACGGGAUCGCCUCGCACACUUGCAGCGGCAGCUGAGCGACGCACACACACACUCCACCACCACAACGCAGAACUCCCAACUCACCAGCGCCCAGCUCCGCGCCCAGCUGGCCGAGAAGGAUGACCUCAUCAACAAGCUGCUGGAACAAGGGCAGGAGAGGGAUCGUUACCUGGCUGAGCUGAAGACUGAUGCUGCCACCCCUCAGGUGCUGGAGCUUCGUCAGACCAUCCAGCUGCUGCAGCAACAGCUAGAGGAGAGAGACGAUGAAUUAAAUGAGAAGGGGUCCGACGAGAGUCCAAAGGAGAAAAAGUCUGUGGCAGCCCUGAAGAAACAGCUUGCAGUGAAGACGGAGAAUCUCAACAAAGCCCUUAAGAGAGAGGAGGAACUCAAGAGUUUAGUGGCAGCGCUUAAGGGUCAACUAAAGGACCAGACAGAAAGCAUAGAGACCCUCACACACACUCUCACCACUAAGGAGGAGACCAUUAUUCAGCUGCAAAGAGAUGAGUGCAGGGGUCCCGGUCCUCCUGAGAGGGAGAACACCAGCAUUGGAGGAGACAGCAAGGAGACUCUGCCGCCCUUGUCAGCUCUGCGUGUGGAGUGGGAGGGGCUUAACCGCUCUCUGAGGGCGGAGCAACAGCUCUACUCCAACCUGGUUCGCUCUGUCAAACAGCAGGACAGCGCGUCGCGUCUGCAGUCCCUGCAGCUGGAGCUCACCGCUGUCCAGCUCCUGCGUCAGCAGCUGGAGGCCAGCAUCCAGGCCAAUGAGCAGCUCCGGGAGCAGCUGGAGCAGGACCUGCAGAGAGCCAAUCAGAGAGAAGGUGAGGAGCUACAGAGUGUGCGCUCUGCCCUGGAGGAGGCUCGGCGCUGGAACGCAUCUCUUCAGACUCGACUGGGACAGAUCCAGAGCCGCGGCGGUGGAGUUGGGCAGGCCAACGACACUGGUGACUUCCCAAGUGUGAUCGCUGAUCAGACUUCCUACAUGAGCAUCUGUUUGGGAGAAACUGAGGAGACAGAGUUGGACCAGCUCAGUGUAUCUCAGCUCAAACUGAAGGUGGCUGAGUUGCAGGCCUUGAACGCUGAACUGCAGAAGAAGGUGGCCGUUACCCCAGAGCGUCAACCUCACAGCCAGCAAGCAGAGAUAGCAGAGCGGGAUAGCCCAGAGAGGCGCAGGAGCAUACACACACAGGUGGGCGGUGUUGCUCGGUCACCUGUUGGAGGCAGCAGUGAGAGCGUGUCAUUGGCUGGUCUGUCCACAGUGCACCUCAGCAUACAGCAUGAGGUGCUGCUGAGCGACCAGUCGUCUGACCACAGGUCCCAGACAACCUCACCCGUCAGAUCGAGUCAGAAGGAGCAGCGGUCCAGAGAGAGUAAGGAGAGCGCCGACGCUUCCUGUGACAGCGACGGGCCCGGCAUUGGCGUUGACCUCCGCCACACCAUCCAGUGCCUGAGGUCGGAGGCGCGGGGUCACCGGCAGGUCAUCCGCCAGCUGAAGGAGCAGCUGCAGCGCAGCUCGACGCAGUCCGAUGGCGCCGGCGCCGGGUUCGACCCGGAGCUGAUCGUCAGCAUGGCCCGCGAGAUGGAGAGACUGAGGGAGGAGAACGAGGCCUCGAGCCGGAGGGCACGCAGCCUGGAGGGCAAACUGCUGCAGGAGAUCGAGGACAAGGAGAGGCAGGAGAGAGAGAGGAGGGCUGAGGAGAGCGAGGGAGGCCAGGGGGAGACGACGCGGAGAGAGCGGGAGAGACGAAAGGAGAGAAGAGAGAGAGGAGCAGGGGAGAGGGGGACGGAGAGUCGAGAUGAUGAGAGCGCCUCCUCCAAGUCCAGCUCCCCCAACAGGAAGACGGUCAACCUCAUGGCCAAACACACAGCUUACGUGAAGUCGAGGCUGCCUGUGUUGGCCCGCUCCAGCAGACAGGCUGAGAGACCGGGAGUGGACCACCCAGUGUGUGACGGGGGCCCAGAGUCGUGGGCGCCCUACCCAGCUCAGAGGAGGCUUCUGGGGGCUGAGGAUCAGCCAGCAUCACCUAGAUCUUCCCAGCAAAGCAGCCCGGGGACCGCAAGUUCCAGCCGCAGCCCGGCGCACUCUGCCCAGAACCUGGGCCUGGACGGAGGGCUGGUGUUGAGUCUGGAGCUGGAGACCCAGCUGGAGCUUCUUCAGCAGGAGUGCCAGGAGAAGGAGGGGCUUCUGCAGAGGAAGGCGGAGCAGUGGGAGAGGCUGCAGGCGGAGCUUCAAGAGAAGGACCGGCUCAUGCGCGAGUACCUCCAGGCGCUGAAGGCGGCCGAGUCCACCAUCGCCUACCUAACGGCCUGCAGCCUGGACGCGCAGACUGGCGUGGCCCCUGGCGGCCGGCCUCAGAGCCAGGAGCCAGAGCCUCUGGGCCUGAGUUCCAGGCUGCAGGAGUGUGUGCGGAGAGUCGAGGAGGCCAUCACCGCCCUGACCCAGAGCGAGUCGGAGGCGGGCCACUCUCACGCCCCCGAGCUGCUAGCCCGGCUGGAGGAGCUCCAGGAGGAGGUGCAGGCGCUUCGGGACCCCGAGCAAGUGCAGCGGCAGGCGGACGCCAUCCAGGAAGCACUGUGGGAGCAGAGCCGGCUCAACGCCGAGCUGCAGGAGCGCCUCAGGGCUGCCGAGGCCCAGCUAAAGGCCUACGCUAACGCUAAAGGCGACCAUGGCCCCACUGCUGUAGAUGCCACUCCUAGCACUGAUGCUAACAAUGCUAAAGCAACUGACAACAAGCACAGAAGCCCUGCUAAAACCAAACCCGGUAGCAGUGCUAACGAAGUUAGCAUGGCUGCUGCGAGUCCCUCACUCAGUCCUGAUUCGUCCAGUGCCUCUACAGGCCAGGGGGGUAACAACAACAACAACAGCAGCUGUAGUCCAAUAGAAGUGGAAGGAUUGCAGAGCGGGAAGAGCCGCAGAGUCCUUCCCAAAAUGGCAGACCUGCGUGGCAACGCGCAGAGAGAGGAGUGUUUGCGCGAGUGUGUGCGUGCUGCGGAGGGGGCAGUGGACGCUCUCGUCGCCUGCUGCUCUAGCGCUGACCCAAGUGACCUUUCUGACCCCCAUCGUGCCUCUGACCACUCGGCUGCCUCCCCUAAUGCCACCCUUGCGCAGCAAAUGAACCGCCUCCUGCACGUGCUGCAUCAGAAGAGCAGAUUGGACAGACUGGCUCCCAGCCACACGUCCACGCCCAAGGUCCAGACGAACCCUGCGCUGAUACUGAUCACUCCACUGCCGGAGGGAUCUCUCCCCCAGAUGCCGUCAGAAAUUGGAUCCGAACACAGCCCGGUCCCGCACGCCCAGCAGAGUCCCUCAAAGUCCAGACCUCAUUCCGGCUCAGCCUCCAAGAACCAGCAGAGUCCGACCAAAUCCAGGGCCCAGUCCAGCCCGGCCCAUCAGAGCAAGCAGAUCCCAUUGAAGUCCAAACCGCAUCCUGGCCAGGCCCCUCAGGACCUGCACCACAACCUGCUGCUGCUGCUGCAGCUCUUCAGGGAGCGCGCCCAGAGAGUGGCCAUGUUAGAGGAGCAGCUCGCCAGCCUGCAGGACAAGCUACAGGCCUCCCAGGCUGCCAAACACAGAGCGCCCCCUUCUGCAUCAGAGGAGCGGGCGCAGGACCAGGGCUAUGAGACCAGCGGGCGCAGCGAGCCGGAGGCCAGUAGCACAGAUGUGGACGUGGUGCUGGACACUGCCUCCAGCCCCUCCUACCCCAGCUCGCCCGGCCUCAGCCUGACCCCGCGCCCCCAGGCCGACCUCUGCGACCCAGACGCCUGCGACCUGGCCUUGCUCCGGCAGCAGCUGGCACAGCUGCGCGCGCAGGUGGAGGGCCAGCAGAAGGUCAUCCAGCACCUCCAGGCCGGCCGCCGGAGGUCCUCACUGCCCGUGGAGCUCCUGACCCCCACCUGCGGGGCGGAACGUGAGGGAGCAGAGGAGGUGGACGAGAGGAGAGGGAGGAGAGAGCAGAAGGGACACCUCCACCUGGGAACCGGAGAUCUGGACAAGGACAGAACACCCAACAGGAGCUUAUGCCAGUCCGCCUCUCCCUCCAGGAUCGAGUCUCUGGUGCAGUCGCAGGCGCGGGAGCUGUGUGAGCUGCGGUGUCAGAUCCGCAUGAGCGGGGUGCUGGGGGUGGAGCAGCGGCGUGUGCUGCUGGACCUCCGGGGGGCGCUGGAGGACAUGCUGCAGGCCGCUCAGCAGCAGCCCCACCUGGGGCAGCACAUCCAGCACAGCCUGGACCGCAGCCUGGAGCUCCUGGACACGCUGCAGCCAGGAGGCACUUCACCCCGAGACCAGGGGCAGGGAUUGGAGCACGGCUUGGAGCAGAUCCAGAGUGUGUGCUCGGAGCUGCAGCAGAAGUCUCGGCUCAUCCGUUCCCUGCAGGAACAGCUCGGCGUCAAAUCUCCCAGCAGUCACCAGGGUUCCGUCUCCAAUGACAACAGUACGGCAUCGUAUCACAACAGCCCCCCUACUGGCCCCCGAGCCACAGGCCUGAAGCUGACCAACGGGGUGGCGACGGCCAGCGAGGGCUUGGUUUCCGUGGAGACGGACGAGGGCAGCGUGCGCGCCCUGCGCCGGGAGAACGGACGUCUGCAGGAGCAGCUGCAGUCCAGCGAGCAGCUCAACACCACGCUGCGCAGCGAGCUGGACCUGCACCGCUCCCUCCUCGCCCACGCACAGACACACACACAGACACACACACACACAGACACACACACGCCCGCGCGGGAGCGGACAGCACCACAGACAGAGAUGGGCACACAGCAGGACACAGCCAACAGGACCAUUAAUUCAGAUCUGCUGGCUGAGCACCUGCAGGAGAUCCGAGCUCUGCGCCAGCGGCUGGAGGAGACCAUCCGCACCAACGAGAGACUCCGGGAGCAGCUGGAGAGGAGGCUGCAGGAGGCCCAGAGAGACCCAGCAGGCACAAACAUCUUCAUCGCUGGGCUGGAGGACCAGGGUCAGCUGGCCAACGAGGUCCGCAAGCUGUGGGCUCACAACCACACGCUCAGAGAGCAGCUCAACCAGGGCAGCAGAGAUAAGCAGAAGGAAAAUGAGCGUCUGCGUGAGACUCUGGCCAGGAGAACAGCCAAGCUGGAGCGUAGCCGCAGAGAACACACACACCUGCAGGAGAGCCUGCACAGACUGCAGUGUGAGGUGAAAAAGCAGAAGCAGCAGCUUUCGGACAGUCAGCAUCUCCUCAAGUCUCUGCGGGUGGAACUGAAACUACAGGAGCACAUCAGGAACACAGAAGGAGAUGAACAGCCCUCUGGUGUAGAUCUGACUGCUCUCCUAGCAGAGGUGAGGCAUCUCAGAGAACAAUUGGAGAGAAGCAUCCGGAACCACACUAUCAACAUCAACUACCUACUGCCAUCAGAUGAGUGUGGAAGAUCCGAGCAGCUCAAUCUGUCAUCACACCCUGACGCCAACACUGGACAAGACAGCGGCAGCUCAGUGGGCAGUGGCUCGCCCCCUCCAUCUCGCCUGGUGCCGGGGGUGCGUGUGUUUGAGGCACGGGGCGGUCAGCAUGUGCUUGGCCUCAGCGAGGACUACAGCGCCCUGCACACACACCUCACUCAGGCCAUCACCUACACUCAGCACAUGGACGAGCACACACGCGACUGCAACACGGCCCAGUGUAAGAACCUGUCAACCAGCGUCAACAGCAUGCAUCAGGUACUGGAGGAGGCCAGCAGACUCCUCAAGCUCUUCUGGAGGGUCAGCCUACCGGCAGAUGCACUCAGACCACAGGAUGAGAUGAUGAGGACUGAGAUCUCCCGUCUGAAGAGCAGGCUGCAGCAGCAGGAGUGUGUGCUCAGUGGAGCCGUCAAGCGCCUGCACUCCACCAACCAGCUCAAGGAGGGCAUGGAGCGCCUCAUCAUAGACCAGCUGUCUGUCACCCAUGGCAUCCUGAAAAAAGCUCGAGGCAACUUAGAGACACACUAUUACGGCCACAGUGGCCAGUCAGUAGAAGGAUGUCCCAUUGAGUGGCCAGUGACGGAAGAACAACCAUGCCCCUGCCCAAAGGCCAGGUCCACCCCCAAAUCGGAUUCUGCCAGUGAUGUCUCAUCCCACUGCAGCUGUUAGACUCCUCCCCGUUGCCUAACCCCGCCCCUACUGUCAGUCAUCCUCUGACACGCUGUUCCUGAAGAGUCAUUGGUAGAUGUAGUAGCCCUGUAAUGGUACGAGACAAGAGCUUGAGAUUUUGGAGGCUAUUGACAGUGAUUGCACAUUUUUGUUUUGGUAUACAUUUGUAACCUAUUUUCAUAGUAAGAUGCUGUAAGAUGUUCUAUUGUUGAACAGUAAGAAGGGAAAAUAUUUUUUCUUGUAAAUAUGGAAUAUCUCCUGAGUGGUGUAGAAAAUCAAGGUCCUGAUGUCACUGCCUGUGUGUGUGUGAAAGAGAGAGAGACAGUGGGAGAGGGUGAGUGUGUGUGUGUGUGAAAGAGAGAGAGACAGUGGGCGAGGGUGAGUGUGUGUGUGUGUGUGUGUGUGAGCGAUGGUGAAGCAGCUAUACUAUGUGUGAUCUGAAAUACUAUUGCAGGAUGUUAAUGUAUCCACCAUUAAAAAAAGAUGAGGAGA